GAUGUCGUACCGUUAGGAUAUAACAACGGUUAAGAGCGGUCAAAUAAAAAGCUUACUUAGAAAAAAAUAAAAAAUAAAAAUUUGUUAUCAAUUUUAUUUUGAAAAGAAUAAACAAAUAUAUAUAUAUAUAUAUUUUAAUAGAUAAAUCCAAAAUUUUAUUUUUGGCAUAAUGACUGUUUUUGAAAGUUUAAGAGAACGUUUGACUAAGGCUGGACAAGAACAUUUACUUAGAUUUUGGGAUGAAUUAACUGUAGAUGAACAACGUCAAUUAUGCGAAGAUAUAGAACAAUUAGAUUUGCUAGAAUUAAAAACAUAUUUUGAUCGUUCUACAUCUUCUUUAAGUGAAGCUGCUGGUUGUUUGGACGAACGCCUACAACCUAUACCAGAUUCAAAAUUAUUCAGUUUAAGCCGAGCAUCUAAAGAAAAAAUUGAAAAAUAUAAUAAUGAAGGCUUGAGACAAAUAAGUCAAGGUCAUGUUGGUGUUUUAUUAAUGGCUGGCGGACAAGGAACUCGUUUGGGUGUGACAUAUCCUAAAGGAAUGUAUGAUGUUGGAUUACCUUCGCAUAAAUCACUUUUUAGAAUUCAAGCUGAACGUAUUUUAAAACUUGAACAAUUAGCAUAUGAGUUAACUGGUACACAUGGUAAUAUAAUAUGGUAUAUUAUGACUUCAGAACAUACAAUUAAACCGACAAUGGAUUAUUUCAAAGCAAAUAAUUUCUUUAAAAUGAAUAAAGAAAAUAUUGUUAUGUUUAGCCAGGGUUCAUUGCCAUGUUUUGAAUUUGAUGGUAGAAUAAUAUUAGAUAAAAAACAUCGUAUUGCACGUGCUCCAGAUGGUAAUGGAGGAAUAUAUCGAGCAUUACGCGAUCAAGGCGUUUUGGAUGAUAUUAAUCGUCGUGGUGUUUUAUAUUUACAUGCGCAUAGUGUUGAUAAUAUUCUAAUAAAAGUAGCUGAUCCAUUAUUUAUUGGAUACUGUGUUUUAGAAAAUUCAGAUUGUGCCGCAAAAGUUGUUGAAAAGUCCAGCCCAUCCGAAGCAGUUGGUGUUGUUUGCAGUGUCGAUGGAAAAUAUCAAGUUGUAGAAUAUAGUGAAAUAUCAGCUAAAACAUCUGAAUUACGUCGCUCUGAUGGUAGAUUAACAUUUAAUGCUGGUAACAUUUGUAACCAUUUCUUUGCGGCAUCUUUUCUCAAUAAAAUUGCAACAAAAUAUGAAAAAGAGUUAAAGUUGCACGUUGCGAAAAAAAAGAUUCCAUUUGUUGAUAAUUCAGGAAAACUCUGCCUUCCCGAAAAACCAAAUGGUAUAAAAAUUGAAAAGUUUGUAUUUGACGUUUUUGAAUUUGCGCAAAAAUUUGUUGCCAUGGAGGUCCCAAGAGAUGAGGAAUUUAGCGCUCUUAAAAAUCCUGAAAGCGCUGGAAAAGAUUGCCCUACAACUGCUAAAAAUGAUUUGUUUAGAUUGCAUAAGAAAUAUAUUGAAGCUGCUGGCGGCAUUGUACAUGGUGAUAUAAGCGAAAUAUCACCAUUUGUUAGUUAUGCUGGAGAAGGUCUAGAAAAUUUAGUUAAUGGAAAAUCUUUUACGAGCCCAGUUUAUUUAAGAAGUAAUCAUGAUUUAUUAAAUGGACAUUUAUAAUUUUAUUCCUUCUUUAUACUUGACUAAUGGCAUAAUAAUAAAGUCAUAAAUGUGUUAAUGAAAUUUAUUUUAAAAUAGAACUAUACAUUUGAAAUUCGGACCUCUUUCAAUUAUCGGAUUAUAAUGAUAACAAAAAUUCGAACUGUGCCUAAUCAAAAAAAAUAUAUUAACAACCGACAAAUUCAAGUUUUACUUUCUAAUACAAUUAUGAUAUGUAUAUCUUGAAUACAAAAAUUAAAUUUUUGUUCUUGUGUUUCUUUCCAUGUUUUUGUGCAAUUUUUUAUUAUAAAAACAAUAAUUUACAAUUAAUAGCUAAAAUGCUACGAUAUAUUUUAUAAUAUUAGUAAAAAUUUAUUCAAUUUGUGAUUAUUACCCAAUAAUUUAAAAAAAAAUUACAAGUUAAAUCAAAAUAUAUAUAUUAUUUGUAUGUACAUAUAUUAAAUUUUUUUUGUAAAAUAAAAUGUUUAUAAUUUAAACCUAUGUAUGUAUGUAUGUUUAUACUACUUUUAUCAAAAUUUAAGAAUACAUAUUCAAAAAAUUUAUUAUAAUAAGUUUUUGUAUAUAUUAUUCUUUUAAUUAUGUGUUGCCUGCAAAAUCAAAACAGUAAAAUAUGUAUGUUUAUAUGUAUAUCUCAGAAAGGUACAUACAUAUAUUAAAAUAAAUAAUAAUGAGCAUUUUCGAUAAUUCAGUUUUAACUUAGAAAACGUAGAGUACUCGAUAAAUCUUUACUUUCCAAAAAAUCACUUUUAAAAAUCGAGCAAAAACGUUUUGAGUUUAAAAAAAAUCCAAUAAAAAUUUAAUGUACUACCAAUCUGAAAUAGUGAACUAGUUAGUUCUCGCAGAUCUGUAAUAAUGCAAAUAAAGAUUUUUAAGAUAUAAGUUAGAACUUUAAGUACAUACCUGAAUUAUUGAAAAUCUCCAAUUAUAAUCAAUUUAAAAAUAAAUUUAUGAAUACCAUGUAAUAUGAAAGGUCAUAAUUUUAAUUACUGGCGCGAUCUGAAUAUCCUUGCACCAUAAACAGUAAGUAAUUAUAGAACACUGUAAAUAGAAAAAAAUAAUCGUUUCAUUUAUUGUUUUCUAAAAUGUACUUAUGUAUAAAUUAAAUCUGUUACAAUUAGAAUAUGUAUUGUAUAUUAUUAUUGUGUAUUAUAUUAUAAGAAAAAAAAACUUUAAACAUUAUAAUAUCAGUAAAAUUACAUUCUGUAUUAUAUUAUAUUAAAAUUAAAUAUGUAACGAAAUAUUUGCUAAUAAAUUCAUCUUUUUUGUAGUAUUA